AUGACAGUUCGCAAAGAGUGGCGGCAUCUGUCCACGGCGCAGCAGAAUCAAUUUCUAGAUGCAGUUCAGUGUCUGAUGGACAGCCCAGCCAAGUCCGGCCUCAGUGCGACUACGAGUCGCUUUAGUGAUCUCCAAGCUCUGCAUCGAGGCAUGACCAAUACAGCCUACGCGGAUAUCAUCCACCAUGUGGGUCAAUUCUUACCAUGGCAUCGCUACUACAUGCAUAUCUACGAGACACUUCUCCGUGACGAAUGUGGCUACACUGGCUCUAUCCCCUGGUGGAAUGAAGAAAUGGAUGCGGACAGUGGCAACAUGUGGCAGUCUCCCAUGUGGGGAGCGGAUGCCUUUGGAGGCAAUGGAACUAGCUCUGGUAGCUGUGUGACCGACGGCCGAUUUGCCAAUUAUACGCUCCAUAUCGGCCCCGGCGAUGAGGACACCGACUACUGCCUGCGUCGUGCAUGGAACACCGAACAGGCAGUCGCUAAUGCCAACAGUACUGUUGUUGAUAUGUGCAACUCGUACGAUACCUUCUCGCCGUGGUGGAACUGUAUUUCGAACAUCCCUCACAAGGGCGUCCACACGUACAUCGGCGGAGUGAUGGCCGAUAUCAAGUCUUCUCCUGGUGACCCCGUUUUUUUCAUGCAUCACAUGUAUAUCGAUCGGGUCUGGUGGAUGUGGCAGAAGCAAGACCCCGUCAACCGACUUUACGACAUUAGCGGCCCUACCCUGAACCAGUCGGCCAAUGCUGAGCCAGCUGGAGGGUGGCAGAACGCUACUCUCCACUAUGAGCUAUCUUCAUUCAAUAUCAUGUCAAACACCACCAUUGCACAUGUUAUGAAUACCCAGGGUGGCUACUUGUGCUACGGGUAUGACUAG